GCAAUUGUCAUUUUUCUUUUCACUAUCUAGUUCUAUCCUCGGUGACGUCGGCAUUGAUCACGACAUGUUUCUGAUUGCCAACACGGUUCUUCCCUUAUGACGCGACGAAAUACAUCUCAGGGGGUCUAAUGCAAUCACACUACGGUCAUGAUUAUCUAAUCGAUGACAGGUCGAACGUCUUCCAAAAGAAUCAUAAGUCGUUAUUGUAAAGAACCAUCCAGGAAUAGAUAAACAGGAACAGAGAACCCUGAGAUUACACCCUAACCAUACAAUCAAUCCCCAUAUUCAAACUCCCAUCCGAGAAAUCAAUCAUCAUGUCAAAGAACACAUACAACCAACCCGACACCAAGCGACCCGGAGAUCUCUCCACCGAGGCCCCAUCCGGCCAAGUCUACGACCAGUCCUACACCACGAAGGGGCCAAGAGACGGCGCUAUACCGGUCAUCGCCGACGAUGAGCAAGUCGAGGACCCUAUCAACCCCAAGGACGCAGACUCCGAUAAACUGUUAGCGCGUGAUGAUGCCGAAGCCAUUGAUCAGAAAAACGUGUUGAAGGAACGGACGAGGGGCAAGCAGCCUGGUGGCUCUUAUAAGGAGCCGACGGAUGAGCAGGUGGGCCUUAUGGAGUGAUUCGUGUAUCAUUAUUCGUGGGGUUUGGAUAUUUUUUUUCAGUAAUUUGGUUGGAACAUUAU